CCGGGCGGGGCGGGGCGGCGCGAGCAUGGGGCGGCGGCGGCGCCUGGCGGCCGCGCGGCUGCGGCUGCGGCUGCUGCUGCUGCUGGGCCUGAUGGGCGCCGCCGGGGGGGCCGGGGCCGCCGGGGCCGGGGCCGGGGCCGAGGCCGAGCCGUGCCGCGCCUGCCGCGGCCUCGCCGACAGCUUCAGCAGGGGCCUGGAGCGGACCCAGCGAGAGGGCUUUGGCGGGGGCAACACGGCCUGGGAGGAGGAGAAGCUGGCCAAGUACGAGCACAGCGAGACCCGGCUGCUGGAGGUGCUGGAGAGCGUGUGUGCCCCCUCGGACUUCGCCUGCCACCAGCUGCUGGAGCGCAGCGAGGAGCACGUGGAGCGCUGGUGGUUUCACGAGCGGCAGCAGCAUCCUGACUUCUUCCAGUGGCUGUGCAUGGACAGGCUGGCGGUGUGCUGCCCCCCCGGCACCUACGGCCCCGACUGCCUGCCCUGCGCCGGCGGCCCCCAGCAGCCCUGCAGCGGCAACGGCAAAUGCGACGGGGACGGGACGCGCCGCGGCACCGGCCUGUGCGUGUGCAGCCCGGGCUACGGCGGCGCCUUCUGCUCCGAGUGCGGUGACGGCUACUACGAGGCGUCGCGCAACAAGAGCCACCUGGUAUGUGCCGAGUGCUACUGGGCCUGCGGGCGCUGCACGGGGCCGGAGGACUCCAGCUGCCUGCGCUGCAAGCGGGGCUGGGUGCUGCACGAGCACCGCUGCAUCGACAUAGAUGAAUGCGGCACGGAGAUGGCGCACUGCCGAGCCAACCAGUUCUGUGUCAACACCGAGGGCUCCUAUGAGUGCCGAGACUGCUCCACGGCCUGCAUCGGCUGCAUGGGCGCGGGGCCAGCGCGCUGCAAGAAGUGCAACAAGGGCUACUGGCGGGACGGAGCCAAGUGCCUGGACGUGGACGAGUGCGCCAGCGCCGAGGAGCCCGUGUGCGCCGGGGCGCAGGAGGUCUGCGAGAACACGGAGGGCAGCUACCGCUGCGUGUGCGCCCCGGGCCACGUCCGCAGGGACGGGCAGUGCGUGGAGGACAAGCCGCCCGACGCCCCGGAGAAGGGCUUCUUCGACGACGUGACAGACGAUGAGGUGGUGGUGCUGCAGCAGAUGUUCUUCGGCGUGGUGAUCUGCGCCCUCGCCACGCUGGCCGCCAAGGGCGACAUGGUCUUCACCGCCAUCUUCAUCGGGGCCGUGGCUGCCAUGGCCGGCUACUGGCUCUCCGACCGCGGCGACCGUGUCCUCGACGGCUUCAUGAAGGGCAGAUAGCUCUGGGCACGGCCCCCCCGCUUCGGCCAGGGCACGGGGCUCUCGGAGCAGGGCUGGCUCCCGAGGCCGGAUCCUGUGCGCGAUGUGCUCGGGGCUGCACCUGCCCUGCAUGAGACCCCCAGUGCCCCCUGUUAGAGUAGGAUCCCACCUCUCCCCGUCCUGCAGAGCGAGCGCCAGGGGCCUGGGCCCUGCUUCCCUCCAGGGAUCCCGCACGGCUCCCCCCUCCCACAGGCGCAGCCACGCUGAGCCGCUUGGAGCCGCAGGCCCGGGGCUGCCGGGGGCACAGCACACUGCUACCAGCCACUGCGCGCCAGAGCAGGGGGCUGGCGCUGGGGGGCACGGGAGGGGUCGGAGAGGUGGGUCGGAUGCUUUCACACCACCUCGUGCCGGGGGAGGUGGUGCCAGCAGAGCUUGGACCUGCUGCCUGCCCAGGGCGUCCCCGAGCCAGGGCGCUCGCAGCCCUCCAGGCGCCCCAGGCACCGUCGUUGGGGCCCCGAGGCGGCUGGGCUGGGUGCUGGGAGCAGGCAGCCAGGCUGGGACCUGUGGGUUCGGAUUUUCCCAGGGCUGAUCCUGCCCUGGCAGAGUUGGGUGGCAGAGCCGGGCUCACGGGGCCCGGAGGGGAGCAGAUGGGAUGCUGCAGGGCCAGGCGCCUGGCCUGAAAGCCAAGGGAGGUGGCAGGGAGGUGCCGAGGCACCAGCCCGGUCGUGCCCCGAAAAUGCUGCCCGUUGCCCUCUGCGGCCCUGCUGUGCUGGGGGCCAGGACGAGGGCCAGCUCGGUGCCAGGAUUUUGGGGAGGCAGCGGUGGCGGCAGAUCAGGCUGAGUGCUGGAGGGUUUGGGGGAGCCGCGGUGCUGUGUGGGGCGCCCCGGGGCUGGGACGUGGUGUGCGCGGAGCCCGGCAGUGCGCGGGUCCUGCUGGCCCCGGGGUCCCCGGCGUGUGGCCCUGUCCUGGCCCAGGCUGGCUUCGGCAGACGCGAUGCCUCGUGCUCUGCCUGCCACCCCCAAACCCUCCUGCCCGCGUCCCUCGGCCCUUGCUCCCCUCCCAGCUUCUGCCCCCAGGCAGGGCCAGGGCGCCGGGGGCGGGGGGGGGGGUGUCCCUCACUGCUGCCCGGCCGUGCCCGGGGUGCCAUGCUGGCGGUCCUGCCUGCUGCAUGAACCUGGCCGCUGUGUUUGUCCGUGGGGGUGCGUGCGUCCAUCUGUCCGUGUUAUCCAUAUCUCAGGAAAUAAACCUCUGCGCACCCA